AUGUCCGCCGCCGGUGCCCGCGAGGCGUCGACGCAGGCCGUUGGGGUCUCGCGAUCAGCCCGCGGCGCGGGGGGCGGGGGCAGCUCCGGGGGGCUGCAGAAACGGCACGCGCGUGUCACCGUCAAGUAUGACCGGCGGGAGCUGCAGCGGCGGCUGGACGUGGAGAAGUGGAUCGACGGGCGCUUGGAGGAGCUGUACCGCGGCAGGGAGGCAGACAUGCCUGAUGAGGUCAACAUUGAUGAAUUGUUGGAAUUGGAGAGUGAAGAGGAGCGGAGCCAGAAAGUCAAGGGACUCCUGAAGUCCUGCGUGAACCCCACAGAGGACUUCAUCCGGGAGCUGCUGGUGAAGCUUCGAGACCUCCGCAAGCAGCCAGGCCACCACCAGCCCGGCGCCUCCGACAGCAGCCUGGGCCCCGGCCAGGACCGUGCGCCACCCUGACCCUCUGCACCCGUGACCCCCCCGCCCCCACCCCACAGCGCCCUGGCUUGUUUAUAAGUUGUAUUUAAUGGUUCUGUAACAAUAACACUG